ACAUUAUUCAACGCCCCCUUCGCCAUUGACUUCCAAUUCCCCUUCAAUAUCUCUACUCUCCUCAUUUCAGCGCAACGCAAAAGCGAUACAGAAUCCAGAAAUCUCCAUCGUUGUUUUGUUCUUGAAGCUGCUGAUCGCCGAUUGUUCUGUUUUUUUUUUUUCUGAAUCAUGGCGCAACAAUCUUUGAUCUACAGCUUCGUCGCUCGAGGAACGGUGAUUCUCGCCGAGUACUCCGAUUUCUCCGGAAAUUUUCCCAGCAUCGCAGUUCAGUGCCUCCAGAGGCUUCCUGCUGGUAACAACAGGUUCACGUACACCUGCGAUGGUCAUACCUUCAACUACCUUGUCGACAAUGGAUUCACCUAUUGCAUAGUUGCAGUUGAGGCUGCAGGAAGACAUGUUCCAAUGGAGUUUCUUGAGCGGAUAAAGGACGACUUCAACAAGAGAUAUGGCGGAGGAAAAGCUGCAACUGCUGUUGCCAAGAGUCUGAGCAAGGAAUUUGGACCCAAAAUGAAGGAUCAUAUGCAAUACUGUGGAGAUCAUCCUGAAGAGAGCAGUAAGCACAUGCAAGUGAAGGCUCAGGUUUCUGAAGUUAAAGCUGUAAUGAUUGAGAACAUUGACAAGGUUAUGGAACGAGGUACAAAGGUGGAGGAAUUGGUAGACAAAACCGACAAUCUUCGUUCACAGGCUCAAGAUUUCAAGAGGGGUGGAACUCAACUAAAGAGGAAGAUGUGGUACCAAAAUAUGAAGAUAAAAUUGGUUGUGUUCGCCAUCCUCAUUAUCUUGAUUUUGAUCAUAGUUUUGUCCGUUUGUCGUGGUUUUAACUGCUAGAAAAACGAAAAAAAUAUUUAGAUGUUGACUAAUUAGUACCUAUCUUCAUUCUGACCACCACUUAAAAUCUGACAGCUCUUUUAUUUUUUGAGAAACAAUAAAGUCAAUCCUUUUAUAUUUUUCUCUCCUACUUGUAAAAAUUUUAAUGGUGGUCAGUAGAAAAUAGAUGGUGACUCGUUAGCAUGUAAGUAUUAUUAAAAAAAAAAAACAUUGUAGAGAGCAUUUUGAUGCUCUAUUAGCCUUGUGUCCCUUUAUUAGUCAUUAAGGCUUUUGCCUUUUCAGUGCAUUGUAUAGUUACUACGGUUUGAUGUAUGGUUUUGUGUUUUUUAAUUAAA